AUGCCUGGUGCACUCAUCAAGAAGCUGACCAUAACGCCUCUGGGCAACUUCAUCGGCGCUCAAGUCGAAGGUCUCGACUUCUCAGAACCUAUCCCGGACGAUGUUGCGGCAGAGCUGAGGGCAGCUUUACACGAACAUGGCGUUCUAGUAGCAAGGGCAACGAAUGUGACCGACGAGACGAUGAUCGCCCUUGGAAAGAAAUGGGGACCAUUGGACAACGUGUUGGCGCAUAUCAAAGCUGGCCGAAGAAUGCGGUUUGAACACCUUCCCGAAAUCUUCGACGUGAGCAACCUUGACCCAGACGGCAAUAUCAUUACCAAGGAUGACCCCGUUCGAACAUCCAGCAAGCGAGGUAAUACGCUCUGGCAUGCAGACGGCGCUUACAAUCCUCGAAGAUCCGGCAUAUCGAUCAUCAGAGCUGUUGAGCUUCCGCCAAAAGGAACAGGAGGGCAGACUGAAUUCUUGGAUAGUCGCACAGCAUACGAAGAUCUCCCUGACUCGAAAAAGGAAAAAAUCAAAAGCUACGUUGGCAUGAACACUCUGCUGUGGAAUCGCCGGCUCGCCAAUCCAGAUAUGCCAGAGUUUGACCUUGACUUCACGAAAGUCCCGCUUUCGAAGCACCCCAUUGCUCAAAUACACGAGCCGACCGGCCGAGGAAACCUAUAUAUUGGCUCAUACAACCACCACAUCGAGGGACUUUCGAUUGAAGAGGGUAGGAGGAUCACCGAUGAGCUGUUAGAACAUGUAACACAAGAGAAGUAUAAGUUCACUGUUCAUUGGGAACAGGCAGGAGAUAUAGCCUUCUGGGACAACACCGCUGUGCUUCACAGGGCAGCGGUUGGGGAGUAUGGUGAGAAGUAUAGGCGGGAUAUGAGGAGGAUCAGUACAUUUGACGAUAGCAAGUGGGCAUGGGGAGCAAACGAUCCAGCAACAGCGAAGCAGGUUGGAUUGACGUGA